UAGCGCUAAGCAGCGUAAUAACAAUUUCCUUUAGAAGAGGGCAGUUUUGUGGUUGUGUCUGUCUUCGGUCAAGUUGCUCAUAAUUUUUUGAUUUAAAAAUGAAAGGCAGCAAAACCCUGUUAUCCUAUAUUUUGUUUAUUAUAGGGCUACAGUGGAAAUCCGUAGCAGCUCUGCCGGCAUGUCACGAUGACGAAUUCAAAUGUAAAAAUGGAACAUGUUUAAGCUUGACUUCGAUGUGUGAUAAUGUUGAUGACUGUGGUGAUAAUUCUGAUGAAGAAAGGUGUGUUGCGGAAAAGAACAACAAAGUUUGUCCUAUAGAAAAUGGUUCAACUCAGUUUCGCUGUAAAAAUAAUCUUUGUGUUUCUGUUGCAAAAAUGUGUGAUGGAUAUGAUGAUUGUGGAGAUUCAAGUGAUGAAUCACCAACUGGGGGUGCUAAAUGUGUCUCUAUUAAGUGUCGCAACUCAGAUGACUUUCGCUGUGAAACAAAUCCAGUUUGCAUCUCUAGGUAUUAUCGCUGUGAUGGAACAUUUGAAUGUGAAGACCAUUCUGAUGAAGCUAAUUGUGAGUCUGUAAAGUGCAGUGUUGAUGAGUUUCAGUGCUUAAAUAAAAUGCGAUGUAUUUCAAACAGCUUGCGAUGUGACUUCAGAUAUGAUUGUGAUGAUAAGAGCGAUGAAGUUAAAUGCAAUCUUCAUAAUACAACUUGUCCUAAUGGGUCGUUUUCAUGUAAAGGUAGCAACCAUUGUCUUGACAAUUCAUUAAAAUGUAAUGGUGUUAAAAAUUGCCCAGAUAAUUCAGAUGAGUUAAAUUGUCCUAAAUCUACAGAAAAGUGUGCUAAUGAUGAGUUUAAAUGUUUAUCAAACGGAAAAUGUAUUAAAAAAGCUUAUCGAUGUGACACAGUUGAUGAUUGUUCAGAUGGUUCUGAUGAAAUGGAUUGUUUAAAUAAUAAGUGUGAAAAAGAUCAAUUCCGUUGUGAUAAUGGUCAGUGUGUUUCUAAUGUAUUUGCUGGAGAAUGGAAAGCUCAAUGUCAUGAUAAAUUGAAGUUUAAGCAAAGAAAGCGGAGAGAUGCUAUAAAACCUCAACCUAAAGUGGGAUCAUUGGUUAUGAGUACAGGAAACUUAACAACUAGUGAAACAAAUAUGCAAAAUGAUUCAUGUGUACUGUUUUGCCCUACCAACAAAGAAUGCUUAUCAAGAGCUUUUUUAUGUGACAACGAAAAUGACUGUCCUGAUGGCUAUGAUGAAUUAAGCUCAACCUGUGAAAGUAUUUCCUGUAAUAAAGAUGAAUUUAAAUGUGCUAAUGGUAAAUGCGAGAAAAAAAAACAAGUUUGUGAUGGUAUUGAUGAUUGUGGUGAUAAUUCAGAUGAGGCUGAUGAAUUAUGUAGUCCUACUGCAGCACCAGUGUCAUGUAAUAAUGACUCAUACCAAUGCAAGAAUGAAUCAAAGUGUAUUCCAAUGACUUCAGUCUGUAAUAGUAUUAAUGAUUGCGCUAAUGGUGACGAUGAAGAUAAUUUAUGUGAUGUAAAAGAAUGUGAUAAUGAAAAUGGUGGGUGUUCUUAUAAAUGUAAAGAACUCAAACUUGGCUAUGAAUGUCUGUGUCCUCAAGGUUUUCAACUUGAUUCUGAUAAAAAAAGUUGUAUUGAUAUUGAUGAAUGUAAAGAAGGCUGGAAUGUUUCAAAAUGUAGUCAAAUAUGUACUAACUUGAAUGGAACUUACAAAUGUAGUUGUCAUAACGGCUUUAACCUAGUUAACAAAAAAUGUCGAGCUAAUGGUUCUGUUGUGGACCUUAUAUUUGCUAAUGAGCUAGAUGUAAGAAUCCUUCAAAGCAAUAGCCAACAUUAUCGAAAAUUUGCUGAUGCAUACAAUGCAAAUGCUGUUGCAGUUGAUGUUCUUACUGAAAUGAUUUAUUGGUCGGAUAUUGUGAAAGGGACUAUAUCUUGUGCUUCAAGGUCAAAUUUUAAUCCUAAAGUUAUUAUUAGUGGUCUUAAAAAGCCAAGAAGUUUGGCUGUUGAUUGGAUUGGUCGUAAAUUGUAUUGGAUUGAUACAGCUUUCAAUAACAUUAGUGUUUCAAACUUGGAUGGGAGCUUUCCUAAAACAAUUGUGGAAGGAAAUGGUUUUGAAGAAUUUUCUGGUUUGGCAAUUCAUCCAUUUGAAGGUUAUCUGUUUUGGACUGAUGUUGCUACAAAUGGUAAAGUAGUGCGUUCAAAUCUUCUUGGGACAUCUCAAACAACUUUAGCGAGUGAUCUUGGAAUGCCGAUGGGUAUUACUGUUGAUAUAGAAUCCAAUAAGGUUUAUUGGUCUGAUAUGCAUUUGCAUCACAUUUGCUCUGUGAGUCUUGAUGGGUCUGCUUUUAACCGCAUUCUUAAAAAUAUAGAAUCCCCUUUAAGUAUUGCAGUGUUUGAGGAUGAAGUUUACUGGACAAGUAAAGUUGGAAAAAAAAUUUAUCGUGCAAACAAAUUCGAUGGUACUGAAAAAUCAGAAUAUAAUGCAUCAUUUUUAUCUCCUAUGGAUGUUGUUGUUUAUCAUUCUUCAGCUCAAUUUUAUUCGCCUCAUCCCUGUAAUAUCAAUAAUGGUAAUUGUUCUCAUCUAUGCUUGGUACAGAACUUAACUAAUGGUAUUUGUGCCUGUCCUGAUGGUAUGAAUAUUGAUAUUAACAUGAAAAGUUGUGUAAGUGUUGUAAAAACUCAAGUAGAUAAAGACAUUUUUCAAAAUAAAUCAGACCCGAUAUCUGUUUGUAACGGUUAUCAGUGUCAUUCUUCAAGUAAGUGCAUAGAAAAACUAUUUGUGUGUGAUGGAGUAACACAUUGUCCUGAACAUGAUGAUGAAACAUCGUGCAAAUCAGAUUAUUCUAAUGUUUCAGAGAUUAAUAACGAAGUCACUACUGCUACUUCUGGCAAUAAUAAAUCAUUUAUUAUUGGGGCUGCUCUUGGUUCUAUAUUUUUGCUGCUUGUAUUUUUUGUUGUCUUUAUCUAUCUUCUUCGGAAAAAAAGAAGUCGGUUUGAUUUAAGCAUGGUAUAUGAAACUGAAAGUGAUAUUGUAUACGGAAAAGAUGGUUAUGACAACAACUUACAAUUAGUCAUAGGUAAUCAAAUAAAAGAAACAAAACAAAGUUGGAGUUCUAAGCAAAAAACUAUUGAGGUCGCAGCCUACGACGAGGCUAAGACCCCGCUUACUGAUAAAAAUAAAGAUGAAAAUUGUUUUGAGGAUAGUUCAUCAGGAGAAGUCUGUUUUGAUGAUGAUCGUCAACCUAUCAUAGCAAACAUAGUUUAGCAAUUAAUUAUAGAAUAGUUAGAUUUUUUAAAUUACUAAACAUUCAUACCCAAACUUUAAAAUAAAUAGAUUAUAAUAUUACAUUGGCGAUGUCUUAAAAUAUUUCUGUUCUUUGUAUUUUGAUCUAUACAAGAUGCUCCCAUUAAUUUUUGUUUUGAAGUGAUUUUAAAAAAAUAUUUUUUACUAAAUUAUUUUUUGUUAAAAAAAUUUUUUUUAGCCGCCUAAUGUGUUAAGGGGUUGAGCUGGGUGUCAGAGAUAAAAUAAUACUUCGAUUUGCAUAUAAUAAUAUCUCGAGGAUUAAAAUAUUCUUUUUGA